AAUGUUCCGCAGCUUUCACCUAAAGUGAGGGGGCUCCUUGGUCCUUGCUGAAUAUUCCUCCAUAGUAAUGAGAAAAGUAGGAGUGGUGGUAAAGCAAAAGUAGGUUUGCCUUUUCGUUGAAUUACUGCCAAUUCCUCACCAGCCACAAACAAAUCCUUGAGACCUCAAAUUUUUGUUCUUCAAACCAGCACUUUCUUUGAUUUCAACCAAGAUUCAGUCAUUCAGCAGAGCGGCUCAAGGUAGCGGCAAAUGCACUGCGGUAGUAGGAGUACGAGCGGGAAAGGGGCAGAACAGAGCCUUUUUCGCUCUUCUUUCUCUUUCCCCCCGUCGCUUGGACCACCCCCUGCGUUUAAGCUUCUUCCUGAUUGGUAUGCUGUGAUGGCGGUGUGGUCACGCACAGAAAAAAUGUUAAAUGCGAGCAACGCUGACACCCGCACCACCUCACGUCGUCGAUCGCCAGUACUUACUGCACCGACCGACCGAGGCGCUGUCCUCUGCGAUCGAUCGAACUUUCCAGUGCAAAUCACGUGGUUUCACGGAUCAUCAGUCAAUCGAAUCUGCAAUCGCAAUCUGUUUGUUCAUGUGGGAUGCUGCGGCGGCCUGCACUUCAGCGACGUCCUGACGCUGAACGUGGAGACCAUGGCGUGGAGCUCCAUGGCCACGACGGGGCAGCGCCCAGGCACGCGGGACAGCCACGGCGCCGCCCUGGUGGGCCACCGGAUGCUCGUCUUCGGCGGCACCAACGGCGGCAAGAAGGUGAACGACCUCCACGUGUUGGACCUGCGCACCGGGGAGUGGACCCGCCCGCAGUGCAAGGGGGCGCCGCCGUCGCCGCGGGAGAGCCACACCGUCACCGUCGUCGGAGGCGACCGCCUCGUCGUCUUCGGCGGGAGCGGCGAGGGGGAGGGGAACUACCUCAGCGACGUGCACGUGCUCGACGUGCCCACCAUGACGUGGUCCACGCCGGAGGUGAAGGGAGACUACGCCCCCGCGCCCAGGGACAGCCACGGCGCCGUCGCCGUCGGCGGCAGGCUCUUCGUCUAUGGCGGGGACUGCGGCGACCGGUACCACGGCGAGGUGGACGUGCUCGACGUCGACACCAUGGCGUGGUCAAGGUUUCCAGUAAAGGGAGCAUCUCCUGGUGUCAGGGCAGGUCAUGCAUCUAUCAGUGUUGGUUCUAAGGUCUAUAUUAUUGGAGGAGUUGGUGACAAACAAUACUACAGUGAUGUCUGGGUUCUUGAUGUUGCAAACCGUUCAUGGAGUCAGCUUGAGAUAUGUGGGCAGCAACCACAGGGACGGUUUUCUCAUACAGCGGUAGUCAUGAAUACUGACAUUGCAAUCUAUGGGGGAUGCGGUGAAGAUGAACGUCCCCUGAAUGAGCUUCUCAUUCUGCAAUUGGGCUCCGAGCAUCCAAAUGGCCGGUACAACAUUUCGAUGUGCAAGGUUCUUAGCAACCAUUGGAGCCAGGAGAAGAGAAAAUUUCUGAGAUCAGAAACUAAAGAUGCAAGUGUGAGCAAUGGAGAAAUGGUUCAGAAACCUCGAGAAGCAGAAAUUGAGCAAAGAAAUCCGUUCUUGCGUGGCCUUGAGAAUGGCCAUGCGAAGCGAAGAAAAACUGGUGAAGCCCGCCCAAAUGAACCCGAGUCAGAGCAAGAGGAGCACUCACUGUCUCUUUCCCAACAUUCUUCACCGUCGCAGUCUGACCAGGAGCAGAAUGGAGCUCACAAGCUUUCAGCCUCUCCAAACACGUCGAUUUCAGCCCUGCAACCAUUCACCCGCCUCAAUGCCAAUGGCACGCUGAGGGCUCCUGGACCUGGAGGUGCCAACGGCACGCUGAGGGCUCCUGGACCUGGGGGUGUUUCGUCGAGGCCUCUGAAGACUGACCAGUUUCUCCGCACCAUUGCACCGCAUCGGCAGGAAGUGCAGUUCCUUUCCUCCGAUCACAAACCACAGCCCCGGCCUCCCGGUCCUCCCCUAAUUGGCGCAGAGGUUCAUGGGACGAUUGACGGAGCAUUCGACUCAGGGUACCUCAUGACCGCUGUGGUGAAUGGCCAACUCUUCAGAGGCGUUCUCUUUGCUCCUGGACCUGGAGUGACGGCUCCAAGACCGGCAGUACACCACCAGAUCCUGACGAGCUCGGCCGUGCCUCCCCAGCAGCGGCCACUGCUGGCGCACGCCAUCCCGGUCCACGCCCGGCCGGUGCCGCAGGCGACGGGCUUUGUGCUGCCGGACUGCGCCCACCACGCGCGGCAAGGAGGGUUCCCAGCGAAGGCCGUCAAGUCCGAGCCGGAGCGGGGCAACAGCGACCUGCACGACGUUGUGCUCACGCUGGGAGGGCCCGGAGGGGGCAAGUGAGCCCCUCCCUGCGAGCCCUGAACAGUUGAAAUCCAGGCCUGAUGUUUGUCUCUUGGCUUGCUUUGUAAAAUAGACGUUCUGGUUGAGAAAAAAUAAGACUAGCAGCGUUUCUGUAAUCUUUCCCGGGGGUGGUUUUAGGUUUCUUUGGUCUGUGAUUUUACAUAUGAAUAUAGUGUUAGCUUAAUGCAGCUAGUUUUGCUAUGGGCAAUUGGUGUUGUGAGCUUCCCUGGACCUCCGUUCAUGUAACCGUUUUUGUUUACAAGGUUACUCGCAGUAGCAGAAACACUGCUGCUGUCUUGGGUGCAGUUUAGCUGACUAUUUUUUCUGAGGAAUAGUUUAGA